AUGAGGUUAUACCAGUCGAUAUCUCUUCUGACGAUACUGGGCCUGGUCCCCGCGUACGCUGCCCCGUCCCUGUUUGACGACGCACAGCGAGUGCUGAGCAACCCCUUCCUGGACCGAGCCCGCAAUGACGUGAAGGAUGCCGCCUCGCAGUACCUCAGCGACGCCAAGAAGACGAUUCUGAAGGGGAAGAAGAACAUGGAGAAAUGGAUUCACGAUGGCAGGGAGUACAUUAAACAAGACAACUUGCUUUACGAACUCGUUACGCAUCCUUCGUUCAGGGAGCAGAGGUUGAGGAUCACUGAGCCGGAUCUCUGCGAUUCGUCUGUGCAGCAGUAUUCUGGAUACCUUGAUGUUGCAGAGGAGAAGCAUCUGUUCUUCUGGUUCUUUGAAUCGCGACACACGCCGGAGGAUGCUCCCCUUAUACUCUGGCUCAACGGAGGACCAGGAUGCAGUUCGUCCACAGGCCUCCUCUUCGAACUCGGUCCCUGCUCGAUAGCAGACGAAGGCCGCAACGUCAUGCACAACCCCUACAGCUGGAACACCCACGCCAACAUCAUCUUCCUCGACCAGCCCAUCAACGUUGGGUUCUCCUACUCUGACGACGGCUCGACAGUCAACUCCAGUCCUCUGGCCGGCAAGGACGUCUACGCCUUCCUCGAGCUCUUCCUCAACCGCUUCCCUCAAUACUCGACGCAGCCUUUCCAUAUCGCCGCGGAGAGUUAUGGCGGUACCUACGCGCCCAACUUUGCUAGUAUCAUCCACAAGGCCAAUAAGGAGUUGGCGGCGAAUCCGGAUCCCAAGUUGAAGCAUAUCAACCUUGCUUCGGUGGUGCUUGCGAAUGGUUUGACGGAUCCGUACAUCCAGUAUGGCUCUGUGGCGGACUAUGCUUGUGAUGGGCCUUACCCUGUGUAUGACGAUCCUCAGGGACCUCAGUGCCAGGCUCUGAGGGGCAAGAUCCCGACUUGCCAGCGCCUCGUCAAGUCGUGCUAUAACUACAACUCGAGGUUUGCCUGCGUACCCGCUGUGUUGUAUUGCAACUCGCAGAUCUUUGCUCCUCUCAUGCAAACCGGUCUCAACCCUUACGACGUCCGCAUGAAAUGUGAUCGCCAGAAGGACGGACAGCUCUGUUACAAGCAGAUGGCCUGGAUCGAGAACUGGUUGAACAAACCCGAUGUCAAGGCGAGCCUUGGUGUCAGCCCCGACCGCGAAUUCGCAUCUUGCAACAUGGACGUUAAUCAGGCUUUCACCAUGAACGGCGAUGGAAUGCGAAACAGUGCUCUCCUCCUCCCCGAGCUGGUCAACGAUGGUAUUCGACUCUUGGUAUACGCCGGGAAUGCAGAUUUGAUGUGCAAUUAUAUGGGUAACGAACGAUGGGUCGAAGCAAUGGAGACUAAAUUCUCCCAAGAGUUCCGGCGAACCAAAUCGACGCCUUGGACUCCGCUCCAUCCUGGCGUCAUCGCUGGCGAGAUUCGCAGUGCUGGCGGCUCUGAGUCCUCGGCAGGCAAUGUCACCUACCUCAACAUCCACGAAGCCGGGCACAUGGUUCCAUUUGACCAGCCUGAAGCUUCCUUGGCCAUGAUCACACGGUGGAUCUUUGACCUUCCACUCAACCUCCCAGUGGGUGCUGAAGAACUGGGGUCCAUUCCUCCCCUCUAG